GAGCUGUGGGGGCAUCCGAGUCCUUCUUCCAAUAAGCGAAGCCCCAACAGCGCUCUGUAGCUCACCGGAAAAGGGAAAAAAUUAUCAAAAAAGAAAGAAAAACACGAACACAAUCCCAGUUUUGAUUACUUCUUUCUUCUCCAAUUAAUUCUUUUUCUUUCUCGAAACACAAGUGCGUUACUAGCGUUGUUGAUAUAGCAUUAAUUUAGCUUAAAUCAUCGAAGAUGGAUGCCAAGAAGAAGAAGAUGAUCAUCAUCGGUGUGGUUGUUUUGCUUGUAGUGGUGAUUGCAGUGGGAGUGACGGUGGGUAUCAUGAAAUCUAAAGCCAAAAAACUCGCCAAAUCCGCCGCCAAGCCCGCCAAGUCGAAAAAGGCCAUUGAGGCGAUUUGCCAGCCGACCAGCUACAAAGAAACCUGCCAGAGCAGCCUCGAGAAGGUGGCCGGUGACACCACCGACCCUAAAGAGCUGGUCAAGGCCGGGUUCCAGGUGGCAGCGGACAAGGUGAACGAGGUGAUCCAGAACUCGGACACCUUGAAAGAUCUGGCAAAGGAUCCCAUGGCUAGCCAGGCUCUGGACGUCUGCAAGGAAAUGUUGAACACCGCCGUUGAGGAUCUCCUCGGCGCUGUCGAUAAGAUGGGGCCUUUCGAGAUUAGCAAGGUCGAUGAUUAUCUGGAAGAUCUGAAAGUGUGGCUGAGCGCUGCCGUCAAUCACCAGGCGACUUGCGUAGAUGCGUUUAAGGACACCAAGGGUGAGGCCGGGGACAAAAUGAAGGGCUUUUUGAAGACAGCACAAGAACUCACGAGUAAUGGGCUUGCCAUGGUCACCCAAAUCUCCUCCCUCUUGGGAUCUCUCAACUUAAACUCUCACCGUAGACUCCUCUCUGCGCAGAGCAAGAGGAACUACCAGGCAGUGCCUUCAUGGAUGGGUGCCCGCCAGCUGCAGCUCUUGACUGCCACCCCACAGAGCCUAAAGCCCAACGUGGUUGUGGCUCAGGAUGGGACUGGCAAGUACAAGACCAUCAAGGAGGCUUUGAAGGAGGUCCCAAAGAAGAGCAAUGAGACCUUUGUGAUCUACAUUAAGGAGGGAGUUUACAAAGAGCAAAUCAUCAUUGAUAGGCAGAUGACCAAUGUCUUCAUGAUUGGUGAUGGCCCUACCAAGACAAAGAUCUCCGGUAGCAAAAACAAGGCAGAUGGCACCGCAACUAUGCAUACUGCAACAUUCGCCGCAGUUGGAGACUAUUUCGUUGCCAAGGACAUAAGAUUUGAGAACACAGCAGGGCACAUCAAGCACCAGGCCGUGGCACUGCGUGUGCAAUCUGACUUUUCCAUCUUCUAUAACUGCCAUAUGGACGCGUACCAAGACACCCUCUACACCCAAACCUACCGGCAAUACUACCGGGACUGCACCAUCACCGGGACCGUAGACUUCAUCUUCGGGGAUGGAGUGGCGCUGUUCCAAAACUGCAAGAUGCUGGUGAGAAAGCCAGGGGAUUCACAGUCUUGCAUGGUGACAGCCCAAGGCAGGACCGACAAGAACGAGAUCACAGCCAUAGUCCUCCAAAACUGCACCAUCACUGGUGAGCCAGAGUACAUGGCUGUAAAGGACAAGAACAAGGCUUACUUGGGAAGGCCAUGGAAGGACUUUGCAAGGGUGGUGGUGAUGAACUCACAGAUUGACGAGGCCAUUCAGCCUGAAGGGUGGACAGAAUGGGCUGGUUCCCAGUUUCACAACACUUGCUUUCUUGGUGAGUACGGCAACAGGGGUCCUAGGGCUGACAUGGCCCAAAGGGUCAAAUGGCCAAGCCUCAAGAAGCUUACUGCCGACCAAGCUGCCACUUUCACCCCUGCCAAGCUCUUUGAGGGUGAUCGGUGGAUCAAGCCCAGCGGAGUUCCUUAUGUUUCUGGAAUGGUGUCUGCGUAGAUCACAAAUGAAAAUCUUAAAAAAAUUCUAUUUUGGUCUGAAGAAAAAAAAAAUAUCACUUCAUAGUUUGAUUGAUUUUGUAUCUUGUGAUCUUGUGGAAUUCUAUUCCCUUUCAUUUUUCCUACACAUGCAUACUCAUUGAAUGAUGAUAGAGAUUUUUUAAUACAAAAAUGUUAGUCAUAUCACAUUUAUAUA